AUCAAUGAUAAAAUCAAACUUUUCAACACAUAAGUCAUAAAACAUUUCAAAUAUUUAAGUCUAAAAACAUAAAAAUCCACCAUUUGGAGCUUGCAAUUAUAGUAUUUCGGUUUCUCGGAAGGAAAUUCGGUUCGGUUGGAAGAACCCUGAUUUCCGAACUAUCCAUAUUUUCCUUCCGAAUUCCGAACCGAAUAGCAUUAAUUCGAUUUCGGUUUGGUUCAGGUUUACCGAACCGGUUGCCCACCCCUAAGUUGCAAAACCAAUUGUAUAUGAUGUUCUUAUUCUCGUUUCAAAUUUUUUGCAAUCCAACUCAACUUUGUUUUAUUCUACACACAUUAAUGCAAUUCACACAUCUUUUACGACUUCACUAUUGCUACCUGUGGUUUUCUUGGCUAUGAUUCAAGAAAAUGAAUCAUAGCCAUUCACCGCGACUUAUCACGUGCCGACUUAUGCACGUUUCUUAGUUUUUGACAUGGACUCCACUCAACCCUUUUACAGGCUCUUUCUCCGUUAAUUGUUGGCCCCAAGGUCCCUAGUAUGAUAGAUGUUAAAAUUCUCACAUUAUCAUCAGACAACUUUUUCUCAAAAUCGUAACCUAUAUGUGAGCGAUCAAAUUGUAGAAUCAACUUAAAGUCUACCUAUGACGUAAAAUCUUAAAAAAUUCUCAUGAACUGCAUGUGGGAAAAUAUUUACGCUUUGUCAUUUUAUGAUAUAUCUGGAAUCGUAAUCCAGAAUUUAUUAGUGUGAGCAGAAAGAGGCGUAUUUAAUUAGUCGCCGCUUGGUCUCUUGAGUGCUCCUACAAUCCUGAUUAGAUACUUCCACAGUUGCUAAUUAUUUAUUAAUUGUUUAAUUUCUUGAACCGUCAAUUAAUUCUUACAUUAAUGGCCUACACACACGCACUAGUUUCUCUUGUUUUCUUCGGCUGGUCAAAAAGCUUAUGGCGGACCAGUCCCCAUCCUGGCAGAAAAUAGCAGGUAGGUUGUUGGGGGAAGACUACAGAUGAAAGUCCUCAUAUUUUUGCUUAUUCAUGGUUUAGUCCCUGAAUUUCUACUCGGUUGUCAAUGUUGGAAUUUUUAGUGGUGUGAAUGGAAAUGAAAGGGGAAAAAUCUUAGAGAAUCUUUUGAAGUACCAUGUUGGUAAGCUGUGGAAAGGCGUGGUCGCGAAUUCGGUCGAUUUAAUGUAAUAUGUUGGUAAUCGGUAAUAUUGGUUUGUGUAACCAACCGGAUCAAACUGAGUUGAACCAAAUUGAACCAAACCAAUAUGGCGGUUGGAAUAACCAAAUCGGUCCAACUAUCAUGGGUCGAAGCCGAACCGAUGCAAUGGUUCAUAUCUUAAAAUGAAUCAAUGUGUUGGUUGGGGUGUAACCACCCAUAUGAAGAGUCGCCUCCCUUCAUACGCGCACCCCUUCAUUUUUAUAUAAAUAGCACAUAACCCCCUCUAGUUUUGAAUUUGAUAGACAUUUUUUCGGUAUGAAAACUCUGCUAAAAUCCAAAACUAGUUUCCUGCAUUCUUUUCAAAGAGAAAAUCGAGUCAAGUGUGGUUCUCGCCGGUUCGCUGCAUUCAAUGGUUUCCGAGGUUUGAGGUACCGCUACGCCGGAAAUGGUACAUCCUUUCUAUCUUUGGAGGAAUCAUUCAAUAACCUUGUGUACUGGAGGGGGAAUAAGACUAGCAACAACAAUUCUAAAAUAACUAAUCAUUCCCGUACGUGCAUGGAGUUUGUUAAGUCUCUUUCAAAGCAGAAGAAAACAAAAACAACAAAAGGAAAAAAGGAAGAGAAGAGAAGGUUUACGUCGCUACAUUAGAAAUACGAGUUACCUAUCAUCUAUAUUUUUGUUUCUUUCAAGCAAACACAAUCCCUUCAUUGGUAUGCAAACCAAGUUGAACAGGUUCAAUGUUAGGCCUUCAAUCAUAGCAAUCAAAUGUCUAUCAGCUUACUAUAAUUAACAAUUACACCUCGUUCGCAUUAAUUGUGUACCACCUUAUGGUCAUAAUGGUUAUGCAUACAUUUCAUUUCAAUGCUUCACACUUUGGCAAUAUCUAAUUUUGCAUCCAUCGGGUAUUUUUUUUCUUCUUCUACUUCUGAUCGGUGCGUAAUAAGUAAUGCUCAAUGAGUUGUAUGAAUACAAGAGUCAUUUUAGAGUUUGUUGUUUUGCUUGGAUAGUUGACUUUCGAAUAAAAAAAAUACAUGGUAUAGAUGUGCUGAAAUUUCGAUGAGUUUAAUUGGUCAUUAACUUUAAUUUUUCGCUGCGAAGAAGCCAACCACGAUUUCGAACCUUUAAUUUCUCACAAUUGUCUAAGAGUAGCAUGAUUUAAUUUUGUUUAAUGUUUGUUUUCUCCCCUAUUCUUCUAUUCGUAGCUCACUGAAAAUGAUUUGGCAACACUUCAAUGGUCAUUGAUUUUUUUUUUUUAUAUCCUCCAUUAGAAUAGAUGAAAUCAGACAGACAUAAAAUCUCUCCACAUAAAACAUUUGAUAAAAGACUCGUGUGUCAAUGGGUAAAAUAGUGAAUCACAUGUGAUUUUAGUUAACCCGCUAUAACAAAAGUACAAUCUUAUUUUACUUUUUAUAUUCACCAAAAGAACAACAUUGAAUUGGCAUGAUAAAGAGAUAAAAUUGGUUAGUUUUAUUUUUUUUUACCAUUUAAGUAUUUAAUUUAACCUACAAGGAGUUUGCGUGUCUGCAAAGAAAAAAUCCCCGUAAACAGUUAUCCAACUCCUAUCUUCCAAAAAUAUAUUUGGGGAAAAAAAACUCCUAUAUUCCAAAAUCCGAAACCCUAAUCUUUUCCAAACGUCCUCUAAGAAACCAAAAACAAACUUCCAGACACAUUUGUAACGACAUGUAAAAAUCAUGCGUCGAAAGGAAAAUUUCACAAGCUGCCGCCUGCCUGCCCUGGGUACCAACAUGAAACUUUUCCCCCCUCUCCCAAAAUUGAACAGUUGUCUGCACAACACCAGAACUCGAAUUUAACCGUAACAAACAAAUCCAGGAGGAAAAAAAAAACAGACCAAAACAAAGAAAAUGAUUAACCUAACCCAAAAAAAAUAAAAUAUAAUAAUAACAAGACGAAGAAGAAGGAGAAGCAAGAAUUUCAGUACCCGCCUCUUUCGCGGAUUCAGUUUUUCCCGUGUAAAUCUCAAUAAAGAAAUCCGUCUCUUUCGAUCCAAUCCCCAUCGUCGUCAUCAUCAUAAUCUCCAUUUUCUCCUCUUUUCCCCCUUCCCUCUGAUUUCCAAUCUCCCCCCCCCCCCCCCCCCCCCCCCGCUCCCGAAAACCUUUGUAUUCCCUCCGGCGACCAAAAGGACGUCCUCCAUGGACGAUCCUUUGAUUUCCGCGGAAUACAACUCUCUCUGAGUCUCGCGGCGGAGGGAAAAAAAAAAACUAAAUACCGCCUCCCAGGGGGAGAAAUUGAAAUUCAGAGGGAGGAAAGAAUUCGAUUGGUUCGUCUUCAAUUCGAUUCGAACCUUCUUUUCUUUUUAGUUUUUUUUUUUUUUUUGGAGUUUCCCCCCUUUCAAUCGAAUGGCGCGGCAGGCGGCGGCGCUACGCAACCGGAAGAAGCAACCGUUACUGGCGGAUAAACCGCACCCGAAACCCGCGGCGGCGGCCGAGGCGGAGAUGAAGGGAGGGGACGGAAUUAGGGGGAGGAGGCUGGAUAGGACAAACGCGGUACACACGAGGAGGGCAGGGGAGGUUGCCGGAGGCGCGGCGGCGGAGUGCGUGGCGGUGUGCUGCUGCUGCCCCUGCACGCUGAUGAACAUCGUGGUCCUGGCGGUGUACAAGGUCCCCGCGGGGCUGUGCCGGAAGGCGCGGAAGCGGCAGCAGCGGCUGCGGCGGAUGAAGCUGCAGCAGAGCCAGCACGGGCUGCUGGCCCCGACGACGAGCAGCAGCGGCGGCCGGUCCAGGGAGGAGUUGGAGAGGGAGAUCCGGGAGGUGGUGGAACGCGCCGCCGCCGCCGAGGACGUCGACGGCGCGGAGACGGCGGCGGCGGAGGCGGAGGAUUUGGAGAGGGAGAUGUGGAACCGUUUCUACGGGACGGGGUUCUGGAGGAGCCCGUCGCAGAGAGAGAUUUGAUCUGGACCGGACACCUCGCGCGUCGAUCGGACGGUGGUGAUUGGAUAUGGGAACGGACGGUUGGGAUGAAGACGGAGAUUGAUUUGAUGUGGGCGUGUUUGUUUGCCAAGUGUAUAGAUGAAAUAUUAUUUUUGUUUUGGGGGAAUUUAUUUAUAUUUUUUUGCAAAGGGCCAUGGGGUGAAUGAUGGAUGGAUGAAUCUAGGGAGUAGGGAGACUGUCCUGACUCCUGAUGUGUACUUUGGUGGGUUCAAAUUUGGUUAAAUGGGCCGAGUGGGGGGCCCAAUACUGUGGUGUGGGUCCAUGUGGGUUUUUGUGUAGUGGGCCAGAUGAGUGAUUGUUGUUGUUUGGUGAUGAUGAUGAUGAAUGGUUUGGGUGGGUUUUGAGAGUUGUGUGGAGUUCUUCCAAAGGUGUUUGUACAUGUUACUGUAUUGUUUGUCUAUACAUGAAGCAAAAAAAAAAAAAAAGGGCCACACAUAAAUGUUUGGUAAAUUGGUGGUACAUUGUUUGUGGGUGUAUGAUUGGAUAAUUGUGAUACAUAAUUGAGUUUCGGGUAUGACCCUGUUACCGUUUUUAUACGAUAUGGAUUGGGUCUUGUCAUGCAAAAUAUAGAAGAAAAUGUCAUGUAAUUUGAAAUUGAAUGUUUCAAGUUGGUACACAAGUAAAAGCAUGGAUGGUAAGAGACAAUGUGGGAAGCGGUAACUGGCAAGUGAUUGUGUGUUGUAUACAGUCUAAGUCCCCCGGGGGUUGACUUUGCGAGAUGGGAAGGAAGGACUUGGAAUUUGGGCUUUUGAGGUGGGGUGUUUGAGGCGUUAGCGAUCAUUGAAAGCUCGACUCGACGAUAUUGAUCCUAAUGAAUUGAUAAACAUGAAACAUCCAACAUUUCGCAAACUCAACUCGAUCUCCAGCAUAUUGGAGACCAUACUAAUAUGAUAUUGGUUUCAAUUAUUAAGGUUAUCAUUAUUUGUAUCACAAACGGGAAUAAGUGGAAGCAAAUGCAUUGACAAAGUUAUGUGGGGGCAACUGAGGAAUGAUUCCUCCUAUGCUACCAACUGGCCUGGCUGGUUGUGGUCUUCACAACUUUAGAACCCACUAAUCCUUUGGUUCAUUUUAUUCCUAAGAACUUCCACUUUUAUGGACUAACAAUGAGAGUGUGGCUAUGCUAUGCUAUGCUAUGCUAUGCUAAACCCCACGUACCAACAAUCCCACAUCUUAACUAACAUAAUAAUGUGGAGAAUUUGCGGUGUUAGGAUGGCUUUUUCAGUUCCAGAAACUUGCAAAGUUCUUGCCCACCACCACCACCACACAUUCAUUGUCCCGCAAGUUGGGUCCUCCAUUUUCACAUGAAGUAAAUGCAAAGCAAUGAAAUUUCAGAUUCAAUUACGAUGGAAAUAAAUCUCCCUCCUAUCAUAUCAAUUCAUGAUUGUCAAAUGUCAUAUAUCUCCUACUUGAUAUCGUAGUCUUCUAUCUAUCUGUUCCAUUUUCGACAACUAUUCUCGGAUUGUGCAAACUUCCAUCGGAUAUGAGUGGCUUGAGUUUGAGGGGGCAUGGUAGUAUGUGAUAUAAGAUCCAUAGUUAAACAUCUUCCAACAACUAGAAUUAUUAGGACGAAUUGGUUCUUAAUAUGUACCAUAGCUAGGUCUUCUAUUCGAAUUCUAAUAACCCCUACUUGUUAAGCACAUGACAUUUGGACAUGUGCAGACUUCAACCCCGUAUGAGUAGACUUUCAAUCAUUUGAUGAGGUGUGUUAGCAAGUGAUAUAUUUAUUCAUAAUUGAACUUCUCCCUAUGAUUCUUGACAUGACAUUAAAGUUUUAUGUGACUG